UAUCUUCUUCUUCCUCACGACUUCACACACCCACGCAGAUGGAAAAAUACGAAAUUGGAGGAAAAAAACUGCUGAUUUGCUCGGAUUGACAGAACUAUUCCCCAGAUGGUGCAUUACUGUGUGUGAUCAAGAUUGCUUAGUAGAAAUGGGUUUGGCCGGUUGUGUUGGUAGUUCUCCUCUUGUAUCUAUGGAAUUGAGGUGGGCAAGAAGAAGAAACUCUGAUGAUGCUGCAUCAGCAUUGCCUCGAUCCAUACCUGUUUAUAUCUCUACGUUGAAGAAAGAUAUAAACAUAGAGGAAUUGAGGAAUUUGUAUUCACUUUGUAACCACUCUUGCAACCGUUUGUCAGAGAAUGGCAGCAGCAACGUCGAGAAGAUUGUUGACAUGAAGAAGCUGCGUACAGCUAUCUCCCGUAGUGAUGUUGUUGUCUCUGUGUUUUGCAAACCUCGUCACGCGGAUCUUCAUGAUGCUGUUUUGUACUCUGAGGAAGAAACAUCUUUGUAUCCUUCAGAGUUUAGGAAACAAAACAAGGAUGAGAGUUCUCUGGGAGACUUGUUGCAGAAUGCGAUACCUCUCACUCCUUCUACUGGACAGCUUGUUGGAUUCGGUCGUGCUUAUUCUGAUCAUGGCUUGACUGCUUCUAUCCAUGAUCUAAUGGUUUUACCUUCACUACAACGGAUGGGAGUUGGUAGACUGAUAGUUAACAGAAUUGUCAGGCUUCUCACAAGCAGAGACAUCUACGACAUAGCAGCUCUCUGCUUCGAGGAUGAAAGGUACCUACCACCAUUCAUCCUUAGCAACUUGCCAUUCUUCAAAGCCUGUGGGUUUGGAGAUGACAGGAUGGGCUCAACGACGAUGAUGUUCACGAAGAGCUUGGAGAUGUAAAACCGAAGCGAGAAGCCAAUUGGAUUAUCAGAAACUGCAGGUCAAAAGCAAGUUGAAUGAUCUCUAAAACCUUUUUUGUAUCUCUCUGAUGAUGAUCAAAGGAAAAGGUCAAAGAUUCAUUGUCUUUCUUGCAUUUGGAUUUGAUAUCUAGUGAUUACUCUCUUUUCUCUUUCAUUGAAAGCAAAUCAUAUACAUAAAAUUUUGAAUGUUCCACCUUGUAAGUUUAGGUUUUAAGUUUAACUCAAGAAUACAUCUACUUU